CAAGAAUAGCCCACAUCUUUCUCCCAUGCACUUGUCUUCUUCACCUCCAACACUUGUUCCUUAGUGUUUUUCUUUUAUUCUUCUUAUUCAUAUGGUUUCCUUGCCUCUCUGUCCAUAUCUUGUCUCUCAAACAGUUACAAUUCUCUACUCUUUUUAAGCUCCCCACAACACACAACUCUCACAUAUUCAUUACAACAAUUCUCUCUGACAGCUUAUAAAUUACAAACUGUUUCCCAUUCUGGUCUAUCGUCUUAAAGCUCAACGCUAGUUCUUGCCUUCUUAGUUCUCCUGAAAAUGUCAAGCCGAAGAUCACGUUCCUCGAGACAAUCAGGAGGUUCCAGAAUAAGUGAUGAGCAGAUUGCCGAUCUCGUAUCAAAGUUACAACUGCUUAUCCCUGAAAGCCACACUAGGCGUUCCAACAAGGUUUCAGCUUCCAAAGUGUUGCAGGAGACAUGCAACUACAUAAGAAGUUUACACAGAGAAGUGGAAGACCUAAGUGAUCGAUUAUCAGUGCUUUUGGAAUCUACUGAGAGUGAUAGUGAUCAAGCUGCCAUUAUUAGAAGCUUACUUAUGUGACAAAAUUGCCAUUAUUGGAAGCUUACAUAAUUAUGAGAAAAUAAUUUCCAUUGCUA